AUGGCAUCAAAGAAGGACAUGCGAAGAGCGGAUCUCGCUGUACCUUACGUCGAGCCGGCGGCGAACAGCGAUACGCCGGAUAUGACCGGAACAAUGUCAAGCACUCUGCCGAUGGUAGCGAUCGUGACAAGAAACAGAAUGCUAGGCUGGACGGCCGUGGUAUUCGCCAUGCAGACUUGGCUGGCCGAGACACCUGCCAAGAAAAAAUCAUCCUCAACACCUGGCUAUUUCUCUGUCAUUAUGGCCAUGAUGGCAUUAAUGACAGAUAUUCAAAACCUCAAGACUUUCGACCCCUUUGCCGAUGCCCAAGAGGAUCAAGGCGCCGAGGCCACCCAGGUGAAGGCUGCGGAGAAUAAAAUACAUAUCCGCAUCCAACAGCGUAACGGCAGGAAGACUUUGACAACAGUCUCUGGUAUUCCCUCUAAAUUUGACUUAAAAAAGAUUUUGAAGGUCAUCAAGAAAGAAUUUGCCUGCAAUGGUACUGUUGUAAACGAUGAGAAAGUUGGCGACGUGAUUCAGCUUCAGGGCGACCAGCGCACCAACAUUCGAACCUUCCUCACGGACAAGAAGAGCGGUCUCGGUAUCAACGCCGACUCCGUCCAAGUCCACGGCUUCUAA